AUGGAGUGCAGUGUCAUUAUUGAGUGCAGUGUCAUUAUUGAGUGCAGUGUCAUUAUUGACUUAUACCUCCCUUUUCUCCCGCUGCCCCUCACCCCACUCACCUCCUCUUCCGCCCAUCCUGAACCUUCCUCUCGCACUCCUAUCAGCACGGCAGCACAGCUCGUUUCAUUGCAGCCAAGUCCUCAAGGACCUCAUUGGUCACAAUUGGAGUUUCAAGGCGACCCCCCUGUGCUGGCAGCACGGCAGCUCGGCGCGCCUCUCGAGGCGGAGUGCACGGGCAUCGACCCCCCAAUCGACCUGCAACUCUUGGCGCGCUUCCUCGAGGCGGAGUGCACGGCCAUCGACCCGCCAUUCGACCUGCAACUGGCUGUGCUGCUCCCCACCCCAUGCACCCACCCUGCCCUCAUGCCCUCCUGCGCCCCUCCUUGGGCUCCCCUUCCCUGUUCGCAGCACGGCACCUCGGCGCGCUUCCUCAAGGCCGAGUGCAUUGCCAUCGACCCCUCAUUUGACCUGCAACAAUCGGCUCACGGCAGCUCAGCGCGCUUCCUCGAGGCGGAGUGCAUUGCCAUCGACCCCGCCUCCAAGACCCUCUCCUGCCGCGCCCCUGCCGCCCUGCCCCCUCCGCUGCCCGUGCCGACUGUUGCAAAGGUUGGAGGCCAGGAGGAGGGUGAGGGGGAGACGACACGAGGAGCUGAAGGAAAAGGUGGUGGCGCUUCUGGUGACGAUAGUGGUGCUGCUGCCGGGGGUGGUGAUUCUGCUGCUCCGAGUGGUGGUGCUGCUGCUGGGAGUGGUAGUGAUGCUGCUGCUGGAAACGUAGCUGUUGCUGGGGGUAAUGCGGGAGGAGGUGGCAGCGAGAGUGGCGGCGGGUGUGGCGGCGCCAGGGAGGGCGGGUAUGGGGGUGGCAGGGAGGUGCGGUUCACAGUGGCAGGGAGGUGCGGUUCACAGUGGCAGGGAGGUGCGGUUCACAGUGGCAGGGAGGUGCGGGUCACAGUGCCGUACGACAUGCUGGUGGUGGCCGUGGGGGCGGUCCCCAACACAUUUAACGUGCCGGGCGUGCAGCAGCACUGCCACUUCCUCAAGCUGUCAAGCCUGGUCAAUCACGCAACCCUCCCUGUCCCACUGUCCUCGUUUCCCCGUUCUCCCCGCUCGUGCCUAUCCCCCUCUUCCCAUCUUUGCUCUUUCUGCCCAUCCAUGUCUCCUCCCCAUCCCCCUCUCCUCCCCAUCCCUCCCGUCCAUCCUUUCAAUGCACGUUUUAUCCCCCAUCCCUCUCCCCCCAUCCCUCUCCCCCCAUCCCUCUCCCUCCAUCCCUCUCCCCCCAUCCCUCUCCCCCCAUCCCUCUCCCCCAUCCCUCUCUCCCCAUUCCCUCCCCCCAUCCCUCUCCCCCCAUUUCCCGAUCCCCCAAUCCCUUUCCCCCAUCUUCCUCCUCGCAUGCCGUCUUCACCAUCUCUCCCCCCCACUCCUCUCUCCCCAUUCCAGUCACUGGACGAUGCGGAGGCCAUCAGAAACACGCUCAUUGACCGCUGCGAGGAGGCCCCCUUUAACCCCUAUCCCCGCCCCCCAUCCCACUGCCCCCAUCCCUCUCCCCAUCCCACCAUCAGUCGCUGGACGAUGCGGAGGCCAUCAGAAACACGCUCAUUGACCGCUGCGAGGAGGCCCCCUUUAACCCCUAUCCCCGCCCCCCAUCCCACUGCCCCCAUCCCUCUCCCCAUCCCACCAUCAUCGCUGGACGAUGCGGAGGCCAUCAGAAACACGCUCAUUGACCGCUGCGAGGCGGCGUGCCUACCGGGGAUAGAAGCAGACGAGCAACAGAGGCUGCUGCACGUGGUGGUGGUGGGGGGCGGUCCCACGGGAGUGGAGGUGGCAGCAGCAGUGCACGACAUGGUGCAGGGGGACCUCUACCGCCUCUACCCUGCACUCAAGGGGAAGGCCUCUGUGUCUCUCCUGCAGUCAGGCGACCACAUUCUCAACAUGUUUGAUCUGCGCAUAUCUGAGUUUGCCGCCCGCAAGUUCCAGCGGGACGGCAUCACUGUUCACACGCACGCGCGCGUCACGGCUGUUACCCCGCGCGCUCUCCAUGUGCGGGAGACGAGCAGCAGCAGGGAGAGCGGCAGCAGCGAUGGCAGCAAGAGUGGAGUGCACGGCUGCAGCAGUGCGGAGAGCAGUAGAGGUGCAAAGAGCAGCGGGGAGAGGGAGGUGCCGUAUGGAGUGGUGGUGUGGGCAACAGGCAUCACGGCGCAUCCCCUGGUUGUGAAGCUGAGGGAGCAACUGGGACAGCACCACAAGCGAGCAUUGGAGGUGGACGAGUGGAUGGCAGUGAGGGGCGCAGAGGCGGGCAGCAUGUGGGCGCUGGGCGACUGUGCUGCCAUUCACCACCGCCCCUUCACGACUGUGCUGCCAUUCACCACCGCCCCUUCACUCGCCCUCUCCCACCCCUCCACCUACACUUCCCUUCGCCCCUCUUCUGUCCCAUGCUCUCCCCGUUUCUUCACAGAUCGCAACAGUUCAUGUCUUUCCCUUGUCUCCGACGGUUCUUGCCGUCCCUUUCCUUGCACUCUCUCCUCCCCUCUUUCUCCCCCCUCCCCUCUUUCUCCCCCGUCCCCUCUUUCUCCCCGCUCCCCCCCCCCCCCCCCCCCCCUCUUUCUCCCCCCUCCCCCCCCCCCCUCUUUCUCCCCCCUCCCCCAUCCGCCCUUUCAUUUCCCCUCACGUCGUGCCUCCGUUUUCCCGCCUCUUUCCCCCACCGCUACGCCCCGUCCAACCCCUCGCAUGAUCAUGGUGCGUGCAGGACGAGGCAGCUCGCAUAUCCCUUACUCUCGCCUUCUUCCCUGUCCUUCCUUGCCCCCCUCCGUCUCCCAUGUCACCACUCUGCUCCCAUCACUGUGCGGCCAGGACGACACAGCGCGCAUGUUCCGAGCCUUUGACACCAACGGGGACGGCUGCCUCUCGCCCUCCGAGACCAAGGCGGCCCUGCGAGCCCUCCAGCAGCGCUACCCGCAUGCUGCUGCUCUGCUCAAGUCACGGGACCGCAUGGCACAGCUCAUUCAGGUAAACCCCCCUCCUGCUCUCUUUGUGCUCCCACCCCCCAUUAAGCACUCUGACUGCUACCCGCAUGCUGCCACUCUGCUCAGGUCACGGGACCGCAUGGCACAGCUCAUUCAGGUGCAUUCCCCUCCCUUUACCUGCUACUGCCUUGCACCAUCUGAGACCAAGACGACUCUUCGAUCCCUCAUGCUAGUUCUGUGCUACCCGCAUGCUGCUGCUCUGCUCAGGUCAAGGGACCGCAUGGCACAGCUCAUUCAGCCGGCGCAUUGGCAGGAUGCAUUGCACGCGGACAGCAAGGCAGGAGCACCAGCAGGCACAGCACCGGCAGGAGCAGCAGCAGGCACAGGCGCGCCGGGAAACGAGGGGGGCGAGCAGCAAGCGUGCGAGGGCAGGGGCCUGUCGCUGGAGCAGUUUGAGGUGGUGCUGAGGCGGGUGGAGGGGCAGAUGAAGACACUGCCGGCCACGGCACAGGUGGCGGCGCAGCAGGGGCAGUACGUGGCGCGCUGCUUCAAUCGAUUGCUGGACCCUGCUCUACCGCCCGAGGGGCCGCCCAAGCUGCGAGGGGAGGGCCGUCACCUGCUGCAGCCGUUCCGCUACGUGCAUUUGGGGCAGUUCGCCCCGCUAGGGUCGGAGACCACCGCAGCAGAGCUGCCUGGCGACUGGGUCAGCAUUGGCCGGUCCACUCAGUGGCUCUGGUACUCCGUGUAUGCCAGUAAGCAAGUCAGUGCGAGGACAAGAGCCCUGGUGGUGUUUGAUUGGAUCAAGUCGGCACUUUUUGGCCGUGAUUCAAGUCGCAUGUGA